AUGCUGAAGGCUCCCAGUUUGAUGAAGUCAAUUUUUUAUGUUUUCGUCCUUCUUGUUCUUCGCAAGAUUGCUAUUGCUUUGAUUGCCAUGAAUACAGUUCGAAUACAUUCAUCGGAAGUGAGCUACGAGGCCAUGAUCAUGUCGAAAUCGUUUCGAGAAGUUGUGGGAUCGUUGCCAGACAAUCAAGAAACGCUUGUUCUUAUUCUAAACAAGCACGCGCUUAAUAUGACCUUCAAUUGGUUAUGUAACACCAAGCAUUUCUCAGUUACGUUAGAUUCUGAAGCAACAGAAGAGAUACGCAAGCAUUGGUCUGAUAUUCGCAUUUUAGAAUGGGUGGUACCUGGACUAGCUGAUCCUUUCAAUUACGGCGAUGGCUUUUAUCAGCUGUUUUAUCUGUUCCGCUCAAAUUUGGCCAGAGCUCUACUCUCAAUGAAUAGAACGUUCUGGAUGAUACAACAGGACACAUACUGGGCAGACAAUUUACUCAGCAUGAAUCUCAACUCAUCUAGCACUGACAUUCUAUUCGAUCGAGCAUCCGAAAACGGGCCACUGAUAGCUGGUGGUUAUUAUCGAGCACGCCCCACCCAGCCAUCUUUGGAAUACUUCAAUAAACUAUCCAACGAUAUCUCCUGGUGGUAUGCUCCAGAUAAUGCUUACAUGACAUCGUUAUGCCAAAUUGGGAACUUGGCUGCUUGCGGUGGCUUGCCCUUCAGAUUGAUUACGAACUGGCAAUGGCUUGAUUCAUCCUCGACCUUGCCGCCUCCAUCUCUUAUUCAGUUUGACGGUGAAACACAACUUGGUGGUAAAUUGGGAAAGAUGAGACAUCUCGGAUUCUAUUUCAUGGAAGAAGACGGUAGGACAUGUAACCCUAAAUCUAUAGAGACUGCUUCAAACGCCUUAAAAACGAAAGUGACUCCAGUAUCUUCAUACAGUCGUUCACAAUUCAAAAUGUACCAGAAUAUAGUUGAUUCUCUGUACAGCAACACGAUAACUGCUUGGCUGUUGAACCGAUGGAUUCUUCCCUACGCUCACUUCUGUAUGCUUUCUCUAUGA